AUGGCUCGUCGCCGGAAAACUGUGCAUGAUACUAAUACGCAGACGGAGAAGCUUAUUACUCCAGCUAACGGUGUUCAAAAGGAAUUACCUCCACUCACAUUUGGACGCUUUCUUCCACAGAAAUUCCGAUCGAUUGAGGAAGUUCAUGAAACAAGUAGUUCUGAAGGUGAUGUUCAACUUCAACCGGUUAAAGCGGAGGAAACAAUGAAUCCAGCAGUGAGACGAUUACAGUUUUCAGAAGCAAGUGGAUCGGAGAAGCCAACUCCUACGGCAGCUGAUAUUGUUCGAGGAAAUCACAGCUCACAAAUGGGUAAAACAUUAUCAUUUGUUCCUCCAACUGAUAGAGAUGGUAAGAAAAUUGUCAAAUUAAGUGAAGAUGAUUUGCAAUCACAGGCGGAUUACUGGAAAACCUCUUUAAUUGGGUACAUAAUUGGAGAAAAUCCUUAUGAAAAAGCUAUGGAAAAUUUUGUUCUGAAUAUGUGGAAUUUUGUUACUAAGCCUCAGAUCCUGAUUCGUUCUGAGGGCUACUGUAUUUUUAAAUUCCACACUAUAGCUGAUAGGGGUCAAGUUCUUCAGUCAGGUCCAUACACUUACAGAAACAAACCUAUGGUGCUAAGGCUAUGGGGAAUUGAUUUCUCAUUCAAUAAAGACAUUUUAAGCACAAUUCCAGUUUGGGUGAGAUUUCCUGGGCUACCAGUGGGGUAUUGGUCGACUGAAGCCCUAAGUAAAAUGGCUAGUGCAGUGGGAAAGCCCCUAUACACUGACAAAUUUACUGCUCACUAUGAGAAAAUAUCAUAUGCUAGAGUGCUUGUGGAGGUUGAUGCUGCAUAUCCUCUGCCAGAUCAGAUAGAGAUAGAAUCACCUUAUGGCCCUAUAGUACAGCUGAUUGAAUAUGACUGA